AUGCUCCGCUCGAGCGCUUCCGGGCGGCUUGCCCGGGCUUUCAGACAUGCUCAAUCUGCGCCAAGCCUGUCCGCAAGCCUUCCAACGGUCUCCUCUCCUCUCCCAAACCUCAUCACCUCCGCCUCCUCGACCACCUCCUCCCGUCGCACCCUCACCACCAGCCGUCCCUCCCAGCACCAGAAGUCCACCAACACCAUCUCUGCAUCCGAGAUCUCGCACUUCUCGGCGCUCUCCGCGCAUUGGUGGGAUCCGACAGGCGAAUUCGGCCUGUUGCACCGCAUGAACCCGGCUAGGAUCGAGGUGCUCAGGGAUGAGAUACUGAGGGUUGAGGAGGUCGAUGUUGAGAGUGGGAGGUGGUUGGAGGGACGGAGUGGGUUGGAUGUUGGAUGCGGUGGGGGGAUCUUUGCGGAGUCACUAGCAAGACUAGGAGCAGAUACGUUGGCGAUCGAUGCAUCCGCCUCGAACAUCACGACCGCUCAAACGCACGCCUCGCUCGACCCCUCCCUAAACCUCCUCAACUCGCCCAUUUCCAUCCCCUCCUCUUCUUCCUCCUCUUCCUCAUCACGACCUACCAACUCGCUCGAAUACAGGCAUUGCGCGGCGGAGGACUUGGUCAAGGAGGGGAAACAGUUCGAUGUCGUGUGUGCGAUGGAGGUGGUGGAACAUGUCGAGGAUCCGAGGGGCUUCCUCGAGUGCUUGAUGCAGCUUACGAAGCCCGGCGGCCACCUCAUCCUCUCGACGAUCUCCCGCACCCCUCUCGCCGAACUCCUCACCAUCACCCUCGCCGAAGACGUUCUCCGUCUCGUCACCCCCGGCACGCACACCUACCACAAAUACCUCCGCCCCACCGAGCUGCGGGACUUUUUCCGCGAAAAGGGCUGGGAGGCGUUCGAGACGAGGGGCGUCCCGUAUGAUCCAGUCAACGGAAAGUGGAGAUUGUUGGAUCCUGGUGCGAUGGGCGGGUGGGGGGAGAUGGUCAACUAUUUUGCGGCGGUGAGGAGGCCCAAGGUGUAA